CGCUGUGACUUGAACAUCUCGAGACCUCCCUGACUUUGACCAACUGUCAAGUCGACUACCUUAAGGUACACACGGUGCCCUACUCAUUCUUUUCGUCACCAAGAUGCCUCGGAAGAUCAAGGGCCUAAAAAAACAGCUGGACAGCCAGCUGGGGUUGUGGUUCAGUCCGCUGCAAAUGCAGAUGCUCGAGAAAGAAAUCGACACUACGUUUCUUAAACAACAACUCAACCUCAACGACCCUCGCCUUGGCAAUAGCGUGAGCCAGAUCGUCCAUAACAGAUUCCUGGACCUGCUCGACGCCUGCCAUGAAGAGAGAGAUUGGAUGUUGGACAGUUGCCGCAUGGACAAUGCCGUCUGGAACGCAGCCCGAGCACGUGUCCCGUGGGCCAGCGACAUCCCCGUCCCCAUGUUCAGGACAGCUGUGCUGGCAAUCUGCGAGGCUGCGUACAGACACUUCAAGAACCCCAGGCGUUACCCCGACGGAACCAGCCAGCCGUACAGCAAGCUCGCAAUCUCGGCGUUGCGCUUCGUCCACGACAUGAUGGUCUACGAAGCCCACCUCUACACGGAAUCCGAUUGGACUCCCGAGCACUUUGGAGAGUUCCGGGGUCCCAUAAUGUUGCCGAACGGCAGACCGAGCUUGGACAGAAACGGGAAGGUGAUUACGAUCCCGUUUGUCCCCGCCAGAGCUCUACCUGCAAGGAACCUCCUGAUGCUCGCUGGGUGCAAAAUGAGCAGGCAGUUUGAGGAAACAAAAGAAGAGCCGGGCUGGAUAAGGGACCUCAGACGUGUCUAGGCGCUCUGGGAAGAUGAGGGUCUGGAGAGUCCGUAGGUUGUAGAUAGUCUGUGGCGGGGUGGGCGUGGAUCGCAACAAGACUACGAUAGCCAUUAGCGACCAGUAUGAGGUAGUGGACAUAGCAAACUGGCGACAAUCAAUACUACCUAGUAUUCGGAGAAUAGAUCAUUUGGAGAUGGUGUACCCGCAGCGCGUGCUAUGAAGCUGAGAGUGUUCGAAGAUCAUCAAAACUGCCAGUGGUAAACGCCGAACGACGCCGGUCAAGGACCAGGGCCAUGGUGCAGUAGAACCGAUAUGUUCAUGUUUGACGAGCAGCUAUGGUAUGUAGAUGGUUGAGGUGUCUGUAUCUUGAAUCCGGACACUUCCAAGGCCGUUGUGACCCCGUGACAACAUUCUGAAAUUGGUGGAAGGCGUGUUGGGCGUUGGGAGUUGGGGAGCCCAGCUGUCGGGGCCCUC